GAAGAGAAUUUCCUAAAGCCGACGGCCGGGAUCGCGCUAAUCGCCCGCCCGCCCUUCGUUGCUUUUACGCGGAGGAGAGGAGAGGAGGGCGAGGCCGAGAUGCCGUCCGUGAGGUGUGGGCGGCCGGCCGCCCUUCGCUUCACCCUCAAUCCUUUCCUUUCUGUCGCGGCCAGCUCCACCACAUAGCUUUAUUCUCCAAGAACUUAAGCCCCCCUCUUCCCCUCCCUCCUCCUCCGUCCAUUCCAGCACCUCUUGCCUCUCGAUCCUCCUCCCCUGCUCCCCGCAAACAUCGUGAUCGCCGCCGUUGUCCUUGACACCUGAAAGUUCCCCGCUGUUAUUCCUCGGCGGCUGUCAGCCCGGCGCGUCGCGUGUAUAUAUAUGCCGGGUUGGAACGCCGGUGGUUCCUCAGUAGAUGGCCUACCCCUCGAGGGCUUAUAAUCAGUGCGGCCACGGAUAAACUGAGGUCCGCCAAGAUAGUGACUGAACCUGACCCUGACCCUGAUUGCGCCUGCGUUGCUGUCGGUGACUGAACCGGUGGUAGAACUGAAAAAAAGAAGAUAUAUAACUGUGAUUAGGACGGCGUAGAGACGGCCAUGUUAGCAACCCAAGCAAUUUCCUGUGGUGUUCUGUCCCUGUGUUUCUUGAUCCUGUUCAAUGCAGAAAGGAGAUCCAGCUUCAUGAAGUGGCUCUGCAAUUUCCUCAAGGGGACGAAGCCCGUGGAGUCAAACCACCGGCGGCGGCCUCGGGUGACUGCGGGAGAAGAGAGCUCGCUCUGGCAACAAGAACCGGUCCGGCCAAAGAGGGAGGAUCCACCUAGACAUGACAAUGAAGAAUUGGACCGUCAGAUUGCACUCUCUCUUGCAGAGGAAGCCAAACGUCCUAAAGAGCGAAACCAUAACAAGGGAGAGAACGAUGAAGACCUCGCCAAGGCCAUGCAGGACAGUCUGAACAUGAAUCCUUACAUGCCACACAAUCCCUAUGCCCCCUCCCAGGCCUUGCCUAGAGGGCAAAGGGUCUGUGGUGGCUGCAAGCAUGAGGUAGGACAUGGCCAUUACUUGAGCUGCAUGGGAAUGUACUGGCAUCCUCAAUGUUUCCGUUGCUCUUCUUGCACCCACCCUAUCCGCGAGACCGAGUUCACCUUGCUAGGCGCAGAGCCAUACCACAAAUUGUGCUACAAGGAGUUACACCACCCGAAAUGUGAUGUCUGCCUUCAAUUUAUCGCAACAAACAGGACGGGCUUGAUAGAGUACAGAGCCCAUCCAUUCUGGGGCCAGAAGUAUUGCCCCUCACAUGAGCUUGACCGCACACCUCGUUGUUGUAGCUGUGAGAAAAUGGAGCCAAGGAACACGAAGUAUAUGUCGCUGGGAGACGGGCGCAGUUUGUGCAUGGAAUGCCUGGAUUCUGCGGUCAUGGACACGGGUGAAUGCCAGCCCCUGUACCACUCCAUCAGAGACUACUACGAAGGGAUGAACAUGAAACUCGACCAGCAGAUACCCAUGCUCCUGGUUGAGCGGCAAGCCCUCAACGAGGCAAUGGAAGGAGAGUGCAAAGGACCUCACCACAUGCCUGAGACAAGAGGCCUGUGUCUGUCGGAGGAGCAGACUGUGAGCAGUAUACUUAGAAGGCCCAGGAUUGGUGGACAUAGGCUACUAGAUAUGAGAACCCAGCCACAAAAGCUGACUCGCCGAUGUGAAGUCACUGCAAUUCUUGUCUUGUAUGGACUCCCCAGGCUACUAACUGGCUCCAUCCUUGCCCAUGAAUUGAUGCACGGGUGGUUGCGCCUCAAAGGCUACCGAAACCUAAGCCCAGAGGUUGAGGAGGGUAUAUGCCAAGUCAUGUCUUACUUGUGGCUCGAGUCGGAGAUUCUUCCAGCUUCUACAAGACACGCUCAACCUUCAACCUCUUAUGCUUCAUCCUCGUCGUCUUCCUCGUAUCGACCACCAUCAUCCAAGAAGGGUGGCAUAUCUCACACCGAGAAGAAGCUUGGCGAGUUCUUCAUGCAUCAGAUUGCCAAUGACACCUCAACAGCGUAUGGUGACGGAUUCAGAACUGCCUAUAAAGCUGUCAACAAGUAUGGCCUUCGCCAGACACUGAACCAUAUACGUUUAACUGGAGGGUUUCCUGUGUAACACAAGGAAACACCAUGUCCAUAUCGGAGAAAUGCAGAGAUCAUAUGCACAUACAUAAGGAGAUGAAUGUGCUACAGAAAAAGGGUUCGGAUUUCAGUGACCUUGCAUUUUCAGAGGGGUCAUUCAGAGUGAAUCAGGAAAGGAACUGCAUUUGCUCGAAGUAACAGGAUGGAAGGUGUAAUAAGAUGACAUAUAAGAAAUACCAAUGUAACUAGCAGCAUUACCAAUGCUAAUGUAUUGAGGUAUUUAUGUAUGUAUAUGUGUAAAGUCAA